CCACAACUGUCAGCGCUGUACUUCAGUAUGAAACACUGCGACCAGGAAGUCUUAAAAUAACGCUGUACUGGCUCAUCAUGUUAUAUCUGCAGGCUGCCCAAAAUCGCACCAUGUGACUUGUUUCACAAUGAGUAAGAGGAAAGGCAAAGCGAUCAGUGAUGCGACAGCUGUGAAGAGCCGCAGAGUGACAGCUGCAGGUACUGAAGAUGCUCCAGAUGAUACGAACCACCAGAGACCAUCCUCCAGCGGUUGCACGCCGUCCACCACAGGAGAUAUCGGCCUCAUUGAGAGCAUCACUCUGAAGAACUUCAUGUGUCACCAUUUGCUCGGUCCGUUCCAGUUUGGGCCCAAUGUGAAUUUCAUCGUUGGCAACAAUGGAAGUGGAAAAAGUGCAAUCCUGACUGCCCUGAUCGUAGGCCUCGGUGGAAAGGCCACCGUCACAAACAGAGGAGUAUCUCUGAAGGAUUUUGUAAAGACCAAUGAAAAUACUGCAGAUAUAACGGUGAAGCUGAGAAACAGAGGACCAGACGCUUAUAAAAGGGACGUGUACGGUGACUGCAUCUCCAUCGAGCACCGGAUCUCCAGUGAUGGAUGUCGGACCUGCAGACUGAAGAGCAAAUCAGGACAACUUGUCUCAAACAAGAAGGAGGAGCUGACCGCGAUUUUGGACCACUUCAAUAUCCAGUUGGAUAACCCAGUGUCCAUUCUCAACCAAGAAAUGAGUAAACAGUUCCUGCAUUCAAAAAGUGAAUCGGACAAGUACAAGUUCUUCAUGAAAGCGACUCUGCUGGAACAGAUGAAGAGGGAUUACAUCCACAUCAAGCACACUAAAACAGUGACACGUCAGCAGGUCGAGAAGCAGGAGGAGUCGCUCAAGGACCUGAAGCAAGAGUUCCUGCAAAAGAAAGAGAGGUAUGAAAGUUUGCCGUCCUUCAGCGAGAUGAAGGUAGUUUUGGAGAAUCUGAAGAAAGCAAUGGCGUGGUGUUUGGUCAGAGAGAAGGAGCAGCUUGUACAGCAGUUAAAGGAGGACAUUGAAAAGGAGGCGAAUAAUUACAAACACCAGGACAACCUUAAGCUCUGUCAGACUAAGGUCACGCAGGCACAGAAGAAGCUUCAGUGCAUCAAAAGCAGAGCUGACAGCCUCAGGAAGGAACAAGAGUCUCUAUCAGAAGACAGUCGCAGGUUUAAAGAGCAAAUGAAGGUCAUCAGCAAAGCUCACAAGGAACAGGAGCUGGUUUACUUUCGGGCUCUGAACAAACUCAAACAGUCAGAGCAGGAGCAAAAUCUUCUUCAGGAGAAAAUCAACAAGGCAAAAAUAAGUGUAAGCCUGAACAAUGAUGGAGAGACAGAAUAUACAGAACAGCAGAGGAAGAUAUCCAGUCUGAAAGAGCAGCUGGCAGAGCUGGAGACACAGUGCACACAGCUGAAUCAGGAGAUCAAAAACAAACAUCAGGCACUUUUCAAAGGGAAGGAAGAACGAGACAAGCUCAGAUUGGAGGAGAGAAACAUCCAAGGUCUGUACGAGUCCAGGCUGAGGAGGAAGAAUCAGGUGCUCGCCAGUCGAUCAAACAAACUGAAGCGGUUUGGAGAUCAUGUACCCGACCUGAUGGGUGCGAUCGGUGAAGCGCACGCCACAGGACGCUUUCUCAAGAGACCUGUUGGUCCAAUAGGGGCGUGCAUCAGUUUGAAGGAUCCCUUGUUGGCUGUAGCUGUGGAGUGCUGUCUGCGGAGCUUCAUGAAGGCUUUCUGCUGUGACAACUAUAAGGACGAGGCGGUCCUCCAGGAGCUGAUGUGUCGUUAUUAUCCAAAGGGCAACAGGCCGCAGAUCAUCGUCAGUCCUUUCUCCGACAAAGUUUACAACAUUCAUGGACGGAAAGCAUAUCAUCCAGAAUACCCGUCUGUGCUGGACAUAAUCACAGCAACGAGCCCGGUCAUCAUCAACUGCCUGAUUGACAUGAGGGCGAUCGAAUCAAUCCUGAUAAUCAAAGAGAAAGACAAAGCGAGGAGGGUCAUGCAGCAGGGCCGGCCUCCUAAAAACUGCCGCGAAGCCUUCACUGCUGAGGGAGAUCAGGUGUAUCCGAACCGUUAUUACACGUCCGACUUCAGCAUGGCCAAAUAUCUCGGCGGGGAUCUCGAGACUGAAAUAAGUAUGUUGGAGUCAGACCUGGAGAAUCUCCAGGCUCAGCUGUCCAGGUUUCAGCUCCAAGUGACCUCUGUAACUGAGGACAUCGUGAGCAUGGAGAGCAAGCUGAACAGCACCAUCAUGACCCUGAAGAAGACUCUGGCCUCUGUGAAUCAAGUCAAGGCAGCAAUAACUGAGCUAGAGACUGCUGGCGAGGAGCAGAUUGAUGACAUAAGCUCCUUGGAAGAAGUUGCCCAAGAGAACCAACAGAAGAUCGAAGCAGAAAAGCAGACAGUUCAUGAGGCAAAGACAGAGCUCGACAAGCAUCGGAAAUCAGCAGAGGACAUAGAGUCUAAGUACUCCUCUUUUAGAGAACGCAUUGAUCAGCUCUCCGAAGACACCGAGCCGUUAAAGGAUGAGCAGCUGAAGCUGGAGGCGGAGUGCGCCAAACAUGAACGAAACAUUAAGAUUUUAGAAAACAAACUGAAGGCUCAUGAAGAAAACAUCCAAGCUAUGAAAAGGAACCUCGCUGUAACAGAAAAAGAGUUACAGGAAUACGUGGCCAAAGCUACAGAGAUCAGUCCAGAGCGGCAGCAGGUGUCCGGCAGUGCUAAGAGCAUCGAUACUGAAAUCACUCGGCUGCAGAGGAAGAUCAAGGUGUAUGAGAGCAGCCACGGCGAGCAGGAGCAGGUGAUCAGGGAGUACGCCGAGGCCCUCUCUCUCUACAAAGAGAAAACCAACCAAGUGAGAGAUCUGCGGAGGUUCAUUGAUCGACUUGAUAACAUCAUGUCAGACAGGCAGAACAGAUACAAAAUAAUGCGUAGGUCCCUCUCUGUCAGAUGCAAGUUGUACUUUAAUAACUUUCUGAUAAAGAUGAACUGCUGUGGCUCUAUGAUUUUUGAUCACAACAAUGAGACACUCUCAAUCUCUGUGAAGCCACCGGGCAGGGAGGAUGACGGUGGGAGUGACAUGCGGUCGCUGUCCGGUGGCGAGCGCUCAUUCUCCACUGUUUGCUUCAUGCUCUCCCUGUGGGAGAUCACCGAAUCACCCUUCAGGUGCCUCGAUGAGUUCGACGUCUACAUGGAUAUGCACAAUCGCAGAAUCUCUCUGGAUCUCCUCCUGGAGCUGUCAGAGCGGCAGCACCUCCGACAGUUUAUCUUCAUCACUCCCCUCACUACCAGAAAUCUGCCUAAAACCAGCCUCAUCAAAAUCCACCAGCUUCAGGAUCCAGAAAGAGUUCGUAAUGAAACGGUGGAUGAAGAUGUUUGAACUGCGCUCCAGUGACAGAGACAUAAGAAAUGUUUAUGUGCACACUCACUGUUUAUUUUUCAGUAUUUGUGUUUGUGUUUGAGAGUUACAAAUGUCAUUUCACAUUUGUUUGUUUUCUGGGAUGAAGUCAUGGAUGCGUAGUGGAGCUAACAUUUGUGUUAUUACAGUA